AUGUCUACCUAUGAUAAAAUCUUGGAGUUGGCCAGAGAAAUGGAAUUGAAGGGUGAAAAGAAAAGAGAAUUUAUCGAAAAAGAAUUGGAUGAAUUAAAGAAGAAAGAAUGUGAAGUAGCGGAACGAGAUGAACGAGCGGCAGAAAGAGCGCAUCAGAAAGAAAUGAAAGAAAUAGAGGGAAAAGUUGAGUUAGCUAAACUGGAAGCUGCAAAAUGGCUUGAACUCUCCAACUGUGAUAUGACGAGACCAGACCAAAUCAUUGAUAUGUUCUUAAUUGACAGUGUACUAUUGAAUGUUACAGACAACAUUUUCACUUUCCUGAAAGAGAAGAAAAUUAAAAACGAAACAGAACUCAUAACUAACCUGAAUUUAUUCAAAGACAGCCAUCCCAAUCACACCAUCGACAGAAGAGACCAUCAAAUAGCUGCCACCAUUAACACUGAUUCAAGUAAAUUCAAAUACAGCAGCAACAAUAAAACCUGCUUUAACUGCGGCAUAAAGGGUCACAUAAAGAGCCAAUGUAGAUCAAUCAACAGAAGCACUUUCCAGUAUCAAAGUGGCACAUAUCGAGACAAUAAAUAUGACAACAGAAGAAACAGCAGAGCAACCCAAAGUUACAGCCCUAAUGAUAGAAGAAGGCAAUACAACACCAACAACGAUAAUUACAACUUCCAGAACUAUCAAAGAAGACAGCAAUACAAUACCAACAACUUUCAGAACUAUCACAGACAAUCCAGACGUGAUGGCUACGAACGAAACAGAUACAACAGAAAUACUUCAAACAGAUGGCAAAGUAACAGCAACAAUAGAAUCCAUAGACGCCCUAGCAGUUAUGACAACUCAGCCGCAACCAUCGACACUCACGAACACGAACAUGUAGCAUUCAUGAACUCAACUCCAGAAAAUAAUUCCUAUCCAUUACUUACAAACGGGCUGGACAACGCAUCACGAAACAGUAACAUUAGAACUGGAAACACACAUGACACUAGUAGUUAG